AUGACCAGCUUAUUCCUCUUGAGUAUGAAUACUAAUAGACUCGGUGGGCCGGUGCCGGAAUGCAUUGGUAAUUUGUCCCUUGCCAUCACGACAUUGGCCCUGGGCCUAAAUCCUAUUACUGGUGAGAUUCCUAGAGCAAUGGGCAAUCUCGUGAACUUGGAAAUCUUGCAUGUGACCAACAAUAUUCUUUCAGGUGCCAUCCCGUUUGACGUGGAAAACCUUCCAAAUCUAACAUAUGUGGAUCUCUCCACUAACAAUCUAUCGGGGGUAAUAUCAUCCUCUUUUCAUAAGAACAAGAGAUUGAUUGCAUUAUAUCUUGAUGGGAAUCACUUCCAUGGGCACAUUCCUUCGCAUCUAGAUGAGUGUCAAAGUCUGACGAUGCUCGAUCUUUCAAACAACAAUCUUAGCGGUUCUGCAUUCCCAGUGGUUAAAACUCUUCUCUAUUUGAACUUGUUUGACAACCAUUUGAAUGGGUCCCUUCCGGUGGAAGUAGGAAAAAUUGAACAUAUAAAUUCUUUGGACAUUUCAAGCAAUAUGUUCAGUGGUGAAAUUCCGAGCACUCUAGGGGUGGUUCUUGUUCUGGUUUUUGUGUAUGCAUGCUGGUUGAAGAAGAAGAAAGUACAACAACCGACUUUAAGUUCCAUAGCUGAUACCUGGCAAAACUUAUCUUAUUCGACUCUUUUUAAAGCAACUGACGGUUUUUCUUCAACUAAUUUGAUUGGGGUAGGCAGUUUUGGAUCUGUUUACAGGGGAUUACUCCAGGAGAAUGAGACUUACGUUGCUGUGAAAGUGCUUAAUUUAACACGUCAUGGUGCCCUAAAAAGCUUCAAAACCGAGUGCGAGGCUCUCAAGCAUAUCAAACAUCGAAAUCUUUUGAAGGUGCUAACGGUAUGCUCUGGUACUGAUUAUAAUAGAAAUGAUUUUAAGGCAUUGGUCUAUGAGUUUAUGAUCAAUGAAUAUGGAAUAGGUAGUGCGGUUUCUAUUAGAGGUGAUGUCUACAGUUAUGGCAUUCUCUUGCAAGAGAUGUUCACAGGAAUUAGGCACACGGCUGAGAUAUUCAAAGAAAAUUUGAACCUGCAUAUUUUUAUUGAGGAAGCAUUGCCUGAACGAGUCCUAGAGAUUACCGAUCCCAUUCUAAUUCGGGAAAUGGAGAGCUACGCAGGUGAAAGCAGAAGUAGCACGGUCCAAGAUUGUCUGCUAAUGGUCUACGGAAUUGGGAUCGCUUGCUCAGUUGGAGUGCCAGGAGAGCGAAUGAGCAUCACAGAUGUAGCAGCUCAACUAUGUUCGAUUACGGACAUACUUUACGCUGCUGGCUUACGAGAAUAG